CGUGUGCACAACGCUCCUGGAUUAGUCGGCUCGGUGUUUCGUUUAUCAGUUCUCAUAGCUGUAUCAACAACACUCGCAUCACCAUGUCCUUGAACGAAGUGGCCUGUCGGGAGAUCGACGCGAACUCUGCAGAUCUGAACACUCUUAGUCAAGAAAUCUGGAAACACCCUGAACUUGCGUUUGAGGAAACCUUCGCACAUGACUACAUCACGGGUUAUCUCGAGAAAUGCGGGUUUGACGUCCAGCGGAGGUAUAAACUCCCGACAGCGUUCCGAGCAGUGUACGGAGAGAGUGGCCCCGGUCCUAACGUGGCUGUCAUCUGUGAGUAUGACGCUCUCCCGGGGAUCGGUCAUGCGUGCGGCCAUAACCUCAUAGCUGAAGUGGGCGUGGCAGCGGGACUUGGCAUAAAGGCUGCCAUUCAGGCCGCGGGAAAACCCAUUGGAAAGGUGACGGUAUUGGGGACUCCGGCAGAGGAGUCAAUGGGAGGGAAAAUCGAUCUGAUCAACGCCGAAGCAUUCAAAGAUGUGGAUGUGGCCAUGAUGGCUCACCCAACACCGGAGACGGCGGAAUACAUGCCAGCAUUAGCAAGGCAAAAGUGCUUCAUCAAGUUCCACGGUAAGGCUUCUCACGCUGCGGGGUUUCCCUGGGACGGCAUCAACGCACUUGACGCCGCCGUCUUGUGCUACCAGAACAUCUCCUGUCUCAGACAACAGAUGAAACCUGACUGGAGAGUGCAUGGCGUGAUACACAACGGAGGAGUCAAGCCAAACAUUAUCCCUGAGUUGACGGAGAUGGAGUUUAACUGCAGAGCUCCCACGGACAGUGAAGUGGCGGAGCUUGUCAAGAAGUUCUCAGCGUGCGUGGAGGCUGCUGCUACAGCUACAGGCUGCAAGGCAGACUAUUACUUUCACCCAAAAGCAUACGAAAGUCUCAUCACCAACAACACCCUCGCGACAUCCUACAGGGACCAUGCCGAGUCCCUUGGCCUAGAGUUCUCGCCCAGUGAACGUGUGACAGGGAAGUACGUUGGUUCAACCGAUAUGGGUAACGUGUCUCACGUCGUGCCGAGCAUCCAUCCUAUGUUCUUCGUCGGGAGGAAAAACUGCAUCAACCACACAACAGAAUUUACCGAGGCAGCAGGUUCGUCCGACGCCCAACCCUAUACACUGAAAGUUAGCAAGGCGCUGGCUAUGACGGGUGUAGACCUGCUCCUACAACCAUCCUUGUUACAGAACGUUAAGCGCGAUUUUCAAAGGGAUCUCCAGUUGUCAUAAUAAUACAUACUUGAUUCAUACAUUGGUUUUGUGAAUAUUUAUACACACGCUGUCCUAUAUUGCAUCUCAUUUACAAUGCACAGUUUAAAUUACUUGAUAGCAAUAAUUACUAUUGUCUGUCACGUCUGGUAAUCUGGUCACGUUAAGAUAGCGUCAGGUUACGAGAUCUGAACAAUUUGGUGCGUUCACUAUCCUAGACAGUCCUACUUAACUGUCCCGCUGACAUUUCCGCCAAUUCACUGCCUCAACACAGAAUUAAUUCCGCUACGAAAACAGAUCAAUAGAUUCUGGUUGUAUUGUAUACUAGUCACACGUUGCUGAGGAUGAAAUCAUAGAUUCAACAGAAAAGUAUGAUGUGGGGUCAAAUUUGGUUUAAAUAUCUAAGCUUAUUGUAAGCAUGGAUCCUAGGUUUCAGUAUGUCAUUUCGUCUUGUGGAUCCCAUACCUGCUACUGACAUGUGUUGUGUUAU